AUGCUUGCCCAAGUCUAUCUCCAACCAGACAUGCUGCUAUGGCACAGCUUCGGGUAUUACCACAUUUUGGCCAUGCUCAAUUGCUUGUGUUCGCUGUGGUUCAUCAAUUGUACUGCCAAAGGACGGGUGGCUGGCUGGUUGGCUGAAGAUUUGCAUCUGGCUUUGCAAACCAAAGAUUCAGCUAGAAAAUUGGCGGAGUUCAGAGAGAUGUGGGUGGAUUUAUCUCAUAUGAUGCAACAAUUAGGUAAAGCGUACAGUGGCAUGUACGCUCUGUACUGUUUGCUGGUACUGCUCACGACUAUAGUAGCGACCUACGGUUGUCUAACUGAAAUAUUAGACAACGGCUUGUCUUUGAAACAAGCCGGGUUGUUCAUCAUAUCGUUCUACUGUUUAACGUUGCUUUUCAUUAUCUGUAACGAAGCUCACGUGGCAUCGAGAAAAAUGGGACCAGAAUUUAGAGAGAGGUUAUUGAAUGUUAAUUUAGCAUCUAUAGAUAGUCGAACCGUGGAAGAAAUAAACAUGUUUCUGACAGCGAUCGACCAGAAUCCGCCCAUCAUGAAUCUGAACGGUUACGCUAAUGUAAACCGAAAGUUAAUCACCUCAGUUGAAGAUGCACAAAGAGGGUCAUAUUCAGAGGAUGCUCUGCACCGUGCUUUAGAAGCUGUUCAUAAUUAG